UUGAAUUCCACUCUCUCUCUCUCUCUCUCUCUCUCUCUCUCUCUCUCCUAAUAAGCGCAACUUCAUUCGUCAAUCGGCUUGGCACGAUGUCGGGGAAAAGGAAGAGGAAGUUGAAAUUGUUAAGCAAUACAAUCAUUGACAAUAGAAGAGCAGAUACUGAGUUGAAAAAUGAAAAUUUGGAGCUGCAAACCUGGGCUGAUCUCCCUGCCGAACUCUUAGAAUUGAUAUUGUCCUGUUUGAUUCUAGCGGAUAAUAUCCGUGCUUCUGUUGUUUGCAAGAGAUGGCAUUCUGUUGCCAGUGCUGUACGUGUAGUAAACCAAUCACCGUGGCUUAUGUAUUUUCCAAAAUUUGGGAACUGUUAUGAAUUCUAUGACCCUUUGCAGCGUAAGACCUAUUCCCUUGAGUUGCCAGAGUUGAAUGAAUCUAGAGUUUGUUAUACAAAAGAUGGUUGGUUAUUGUUGUAUCGGCCCAGAACUCACCGAGUGUUCUUCUUUAACCCCUUUACCUGGGAGCUAAUCAAACUGCCAAGAUUCGAGGUGACAUACCAGAUCGUUGCCUUCUCUUGUGCUCCAACAUUACCUGGCUGUGUUCUGUUUACUGUUAAGCAUGUUAGUCCUACUGUUGUAGCUAUUAGCACAUGUUAUCCUGGGGCGACGGAAUGGACCACUGUUAAUUACCAAAAUCGCUUGCCCUUUGUUAGUAGCAUAUGGAAUAAGGUUGUGUUUUGCAACGGGCUCUUUUAUUGUCUGAGUCUCACAGGUUGGCUUGGGGUGUUUGACCCAGUUGAACGUACGUGGAGUGUUCUGGCAGUACCUCCACCAAAAUGCCCAGAUAAUUUUUUUGCCAAAAACUGGUGGAAGGGGAAAUUUAUGACAGAGCAUGAAGGAGAUAUAUUAGUAAUUUAUACAUGUUUUAGUGAAAACCCCAUUAUUUUUAAGUUAGAUCGGACAUUAAUGCAAUGGAAAGAGAUGAGAACACUAGAUGGUGUAACUCUUUUUGCUAGUUUUUUGUCAUCUCAUUCAAGGACAGACCUCACUGGAAUAAUGAGAAACAGUGUCUACUUCUCCAAAGUUCGUUUCUAUGGAAAGCGUUGCAUAUCAUUCUCUCUUGAUGACUAUAGAUACUAUCCCCGUAAGCAGUGUCAUGACUGGGGAGAACAAGACCCUUUUGAGAACAUCUGGAUUGAGCCACCAAAGGACUUCUCUGCCUGUAUGUGAAGAAUUUUAGUGAAACAAAUCCCGUGUACAAAGAUGAAAACAUACAACUACGCUCCUGAAAAUUUUAAAAACAUACUUGGUAAACCUUGUCUGGGCAAGUCUGUGCUGAGCCGAUCUGUGAUGGGUAAAUGGUUAUUUAGCUGUUUGUCAAAAGUGUUGUCUGUGCCAACCUUACGAUUGGUUCCCUUUUCUUUGGGUUGAACUGGUUGGUUGGCCAAUCUGUUGAUUGAUCAUAUAUCUUGUUUUCAAAUAAGGGGUGGGGAAAAGAAUCUUUGUUUUGUCAAAUUGAAAUGUCAUGAGAUUAUAGUAUACUUUACCUGAUCAUGUGGAGUAUUUAUUCCCCUCGAUCUUUCACUUUAUUGUUUGUUCCUUGUGCAUGUCAAUGGUUGAACAACAUUGCCUAACAUGAUAUCUAU